GUCGGGGUCUGGACCUGGGACCGGAUCGGCUCGUCCAAUUGAGAAUUAUGAGAGACGGCCUGUAUAAAUCUGGUCUCGCGCCGCACUGACAAAAAUGAUUGAGGCGUCGGGGGAACGACAGGAAGAAGAAACGCAACAAGAAGUCGUGGCCGCGACGACACAUCAAGAUGAACGUCACGUCUUCGCGGGAUUUUUAUGUCGGACGUCUGACAAAAGCAAAAUGGAGGGGAUUCUUGUGAAUCUGAGGUGGCCUAUUCGUUCUGCCAGCACUAGCGAGUAGCAGAUCGAAUAAGUAAAGAACAAGGUGAAGCAGGAUGCUAUCUGGAGGAACGGCGCGUCUUACUUCCGGUCGUGAGGGCCGCGAUGCUAGAUUUACGGAAGCAAGCAGCGCUGUGCUCGACGUUGGCUCGCCGCCACCCGUCAAAAUAUUUCGCAAGGACGUAGCGGGCCAGCGCGACAUCCAGGCGCAGCAAGAGACGCGCAUCGCUGGAGCCGCCGCCUUGCGAAACAAGAUGCGCUACUCCGCGGAAGAGCUGAUGGGUAUAUAAUGAGCGACAAGAAAGCGCUAGUUCUACUUCUAGUAGUCGAAGAGCGACUUCAUGAGAUCAAGCGCUAUCUCGAUCGUGUUUCAUUCUUCUGCCAACGGUGGUGUAUUCUUCUUGAUCAUGAAAGUAAGUAUCACUAAAACUAAAAGGCAUUUCAAGCCUGCGACGUGGUUUAGCCGCCAGAUACGUGCGGUCCAUGUGAUUUAUUUCACGAAAAUUCUACUGCAUUGACAGGGGAGAAAGUGUCUACGGAGAUGCACCGCACCAAGCGAGCUUCCUACCCAAGCUUGCCGUGCUACGACUGCGGGCGGGCGAGUAAGUGCAUCUGUUGCGACAAGGAGGAGCUUACGGAGAUGCUGUUGGAGCCACGCAUGGUGCGCAAGAUGCGGGAUAAGGGCACGAUGUUUGACCGCACGUGUCUGCUCGACGAGGGGCUGAUCACCGAGGAGCAGCAGGACAAGGAGAACGAGGUGGAGUAUCGUAAGGAAAAGUCCCCCCUCCCCAUAUUUAAAACGCAGCCGUCUGAAAAUUUGUGAUGCACAUUUGUGACCUCAAAUCCUGUUUGUCUUGCAAGAAGGCAAGUCAAGAGAGCCCCCCGAAUUUUGCAGGCGGUUUGUGAUGCUGUUGGGCUUAGAGCAUGCACGUUUGUCAUGCUAGGCGCCUACGUCAAAACCCCUCGGCUGAGGCCUGACAUAUGCCUGCAGUCCUCUACUGCAAGACAAAUCUGAUUUGUGUACGGAAAUCCAGCAUCAGAGCCCUCGUUUCGAUAUGGGGAGGGGGGAUGUUUCCUUUUGAUAUGGAGGAGGAGUUCGCGCGGCUGAACGACGCCAUCUACGACUGGACCGCGAAGUGCGAGGUGCUGCGGGAGCGGAACAAGAAGCUUCUGGAGGAGAAGGACACUCUAUUUAACGCCAACGUCAGCCUAAAGGAGAAGCUGCGCUUCACGGAAGGCCGCAUGGAGGAACUCGAGGAGGCCACAGAGGAGCUGGAGGGCAAAGUCGCUCGGCGAGAUCAGGAACUAAAGGAGGCCGCCGAGUCUGCGGAGCGCGAACGGCGGAGGGCGCAGCAUACCCUGGACAUGGCCCAUGAACACCGCCGCGGGUCCGUGGAGUUUCUUGCAGACAAGAGCGGGGCUCUCGUCGAGAAAGCGCGGGCAGUGCAGGGUUGGAAGGAGGUCGUCCUGGCACGGAAAUACGAGAAAGUGCAGAAGCGGCUCGCGGAGGCGGACCGGCGUGCGCAGCUGGAUCUGAAGGUGGCUGAAACGCAAAAGGAGACGGCGCUGCGCAAAUUGAAGGAGGGCUUCGCGAAGGAACGGCAGAAACUCGUGGAAGAGAGGGACGAGGAAAAGAAGCAGGAAGUACUGAAGGGAAAAAAGCUCCUAAAAGAGAGCGAACAGGAAAGGAAGAAGCUCGAGGUAGUCAUCCCUUUGACACGUAUUAAAACGGUCUCCAUGAAAAAAUAAAAACUAGUGCAUUUACGACCUACCAUAGUGAAUAAGUACAUGAUGAUCUUUUCCAUUUUACCAGCAUUUUUACGAAAGGGAAUUAGAAUUGCCUCGCGCUUUACUUGCAAUCCAAUUCGCUGCAAGAACAACGAGUAGAGUACUUUUUACAUCACAGGCCAAGGUGGAAGCGUUGGAACAGCGUCUGCAGAAGCGAGUCGACGAGAUGGCGCACCUGAACAAGCAGCUCCGCCGGCAUUCGGAGAUGGAGGACGAUCUGCACAAUGACGCGGCCGCUAAGUAUUCAAACAGAAAAAUGUUGUCCACAGCACUCAAGUCAGGAACAACAAAACUGCAUCUUCUCUGCAAAACGAAAAAAUCAAAAUGCGUUUUCAACACACGCACUACCUCCUGCACUACUAGCUGCAAAUGCUGUUGCUUAUCGAGGGAUUUCACUGAUGACAUACAAAAUAUCACUCAAUUUCGACUCGACCUAGUAGCAUUUUUCUGUUUUCAUCUGGCAUACGACGACUGACAAUAUGGCACGGACAGAUCGUUUUUUUCCAACUAGUUCGAAAAAUUUUGAAUACGUAUUUGCAUGAUCGCAAACGAUAGUCGUUUUUGUGUAGCUAAACAUGUGUACCAUAGAGAAUCAUCACGAGCUAGCUAGUGUGAAUACAAAUACACGUCAUGAGCUAGCUAGGUAACCUCAAGCUAUCUAGUCUUGUGGAUUAGACUAGAUAGCUUAAGGUUAAGUAGUUCACAUGUGUAGCUACGUAUGUGCUUCUCUAGUUAUUAGCUAGUGAAUUAGCUAACACACUCAUACAAAUUAGCAGCUCAGAAGCUGCACUUCAUGCAUUCAAAAGAGCUAUUCAAAAUUUUUCGAACGACAUGAAAAAAAACGAUCUGUCCGGGCCAUAGACAAACUGGCGCAGUUGCAGGCCGACCUGACGAAGAAGGAAUACGAAUUGGCUCUGUCCCGAAACCGUUCCCCGGAGAAAGAGAUCGUGGAGGUCGAGAAGCCAUCCACUGGGCUUCCCGCAAUUGACGAAGACGCGUUGCGCGAGAAAAUCAAACAGGAGCUUUUGUUGACGCAGAAACAGAGCCUGGAGGUAGACGAGCUGCACGAAAAGCUGGCGAAAGCCUCACGGAACCUGGCACACACGCGCGAGCGCCUGGAGCAGGAGCAGGCAGCUUGCGAAAAAAUGGCCGCGGAGCUGGUGGAUCGGCGACACAAAGUGGAAUCGUUGGAGCUCCAGGUGAGCCUAGAAAUUCGGCACCACCUGCAGGCACAGGAAGCGUUCCAUGCACUGGUGCGCAAAUUGCAGCACAUGCAGCUGGAGCUGCACGCCAAGGACAAAACCAUCCAGCGCAAACGCGUCAAGGAUCCCUACCUGGCGGAGAACUACGAGGGCCAGAAGUUGCUGAGCGCGGAGCUCAGCAAAAAAGUGAACGCCAUGUCGCGCCGCAUGAAGCUCGUGCACAAGCUCGCCGCUCGACUGAAGGCACCGAGCAUUCGAGCCUUGUUCCAGCGACUCACCUCCUCCUCCAGUGCGACGAAGGGGGAUGUUGGAAAAUAUAUCACGGGAAAGAGUAGCACAGCAGAUCAUUCUGCAUCACAUCAUCACAACUUGGCACGCAGUGGUGCUAACUCGGCUGCAAGUCGCGUUGAGAACACUUUGAACCGACGCGACGUCCGAGAUCAACAUGGAGCCAGCCCGCCGACCACCUCGGGAACAAUGCUAGCGACGCGUGGAGUGUCCUCUCCAGAUAACUUCAAAACGGGCGAUGUCGACACAGCAGGCCGACCGAAGACAAAAACGGGCAGCGCCGUCACGGCGUAUUUGGAGACACUAGCACUCGCUGGAGCAGGAACUCCUGGUGGUCGUGCCACAUCCGCCUCGCCUCGUUCGGCUUCUCCAAAGUCGAAGAUCGGGGAGCCGACGAAAUUCGUCAUUGAAACGGAAGUAGAGCGAAAAAAGCAAAUCCCGCCGGAUCGUGAGGGGUAUGCAAGAGGGACGUCUCCGCGGAGUCAAGCUGCAGCGGUUGGCGCUAACAAGGGAUCAGAGUUUCUUUAUUCGCCUAGGCGGAGCACAAGCGUUGGACAACAAAAGCUUUCGCCUGGCGGAAGGAGCCACCAGGAGCGCGGAUGGGAAAUAAACACAGCGACGAGUAGUAGGAAGGCGCCCGAUCAUCUUCUUGUCGUAAACUUCUCAGGCAAUGAAUUUGAAUUGCAGCCAGAACAGAAGGACUCCUGCAGCCAGGCCAAUGCAGCUCGUGGCGGCUUGCUACUGAAUGACCACAGUGUCGAGGAGCCGCUCGGUGUGGUCAAAAACGACGACAACCUCCUUCUGGCUCCUGAUGAAGAACAAGUUGUGGAAGAAGACCUGCGCCAAGCGGACAGCGCGUCUGUGGCGUCGUCUGCAGUAACGCAGAAGCUUUACAACACCAGCAUGCUUUUUCCGGCACCAAAAUCAGGGCUGGCGUCGAACUACCUGCCGUCGCCUCAGGACAUUGCAAGAGAGCAAGCAGCCUACUCUUCGUCUCCCUUCGACCUCGAGUUGCCGUCUGGGCGAUAUCGAUCGCCGCCACCGGCUGCACAGAAGCAACGAGCAGCGGAAAAACGAGCCCGCGCUCCCCUUGUCGACACUGCGCCAAUUAUAUCCAGCCCAGGACGACGAAACGAAGACGAGCUUCGUGAUGUGGAUUCGUCGUCAGUCUACGCAACAGACACCGAGCAGCUCACACGUUACGUGUAGGAUUUCUGCUUUGCCUCAUUUUGCAAGCGACAACACAAACCAACGAAUACGAACAUAGUCCUCAGUCACGUCGGAUUCUUUGGUUGAGUGCGUGAUGGUCUACUUACUUCUCGCCACCCGGCACCCGGCGCAGCUGCCGCAAUUACAACGGCGUUCUUGAACGCACACCAUAGAGACGCUGGAAAAUGUUGAUACCAAGUACCGCUAGGGCGCUUUUUCUAUUGGCGUAACUCAGUCAUUGCCUCUGUUUGUGUCCGGAGGAACACAUGCGCUCUCGCCGCUUGUCCGUUGCCACAUGCGCUAUCAACAAGCCAGUGCCAAAAACAAAAACUGUCAUCCACCUACGUACAGAUUUUGUUCGAUAAACUUAUACUAGAAGCAUAUGCGUAUUUAGGUAUGUCUAUGUGUUUGUAUUUCUGCCGUCAAUCUCAAUUACAAUGAAUUGUGAGGGCGCGCCGCAUCCAUGAAAGCCUUCUGAAUCUUCCGCACAGCGGUCGUGUAUGAUCGCUUUGGCUAGUUUCAGCUAAAAAUGAACAAAAAAAAAAUUCCAUGGUGAAGACCAGAACCAC